UCUGAANACGCAGCCUCGUCCAGCCCCCGCAUCACCCAAAUCCUGGCUGGCUUGUUUCUAGAGCCAUGGCGACAGAGGAGAAGAAGCCUGAUGCGGAAUCCACCAAAACACAGUCGACUCCGUCCUCGUCCACCAACCAGAGCAAGCCUGCACCCGUAAAGCCAAACUAUGCCCUGAAGUUCACCCUAGCCGGACACACGAAAGCUGUCUCAUCGGUAAAGUUCAGCCCCAACGGGGAGUGGCUGGUUAGUUCUUCGGCCGACAAGCUGAUUAAAAUUUGGGGUGCGUAUGAUGGCAAAUUUGAAAAAACCAUCUCUGGCCACAAAUUGGGAAUCUCCGAUGUGGCUUGGUCCUCUGACUCGAACCUUCUUGUCUCUGCCUCAGAUGACAAAACACUCAAAAUUUGGGACGUGAGCUCGGGGAAAUGCUUAAAGACCUUGAAGGGCCACAGCAACUACGUCUUCUGCUGCAAUUUCAACCCCCAGUCGAAUCUCAUUGUCUCUGGAUCGUUUGAUGAAAGUGUGAGAAUAUGGGAUGUGAAAACGGGGAAAUGCCUGAAAACGUUGCCGGCUCAUUCUGACCCUGUUUCAGCUGUACACUUCAAUCGCGAUGGUUCUCUGAUUGUGUCCAGCAGCUAUGAUGGCCUCUGUCGGAUCUGGGACACAGCAUCAGGACAGUGCCUGAAAACGCUGAUUGAUGAUGACAACCCACCUGUGUCUUUUGUAAAGUUCUCUCCAAACGGCAAAUACAUUCUUGCAGCAACUUUGGAUAACACUCUGAAGCUUUGGGACUACAGCAAAGGAAAGUGCCUAAAGACGUACACUGGCCACAAGAACGAGAAGUACUGCAUCUUCGCCAACUUCUCGGUCACUGGUGGGAAGUGGAUCGUAUCUGGUUCAGAGGACAACCUGGUUUAUAUCUGGAACCUCCAGACGAAAGAGAUUGUGCAGAAGCUGCAGGGCCACACAGAUGUUGUGAUCUCCACAGCUUGCCACCCGACAGAGAACAUCAUUGCCUCGGCAGCCCUAGAAAACGACAAAACAAUUAAACUUUGGAAGAGCGACUGUUGAAA